AAUAAAGUUUCCAGUCUUGUUUUUAAAUGGUUUUUAAUAUAUAUAUAACCUUACCGGUGUUAGUAAAUGAAAUAUUUGGAAUUUGGUUGUUGUUUUAAUGUAUUAUUAUUUUUUGUUUUUAAAAAAUGGAGUGUGUAGUUGCUAAUGUUGAUCACAUGCGAUUUGAUAUUGAAAUAGCAUUAGACGAACAAUAUGGGGCUCUUCCUUUACCAUUCACAGGAAUGGAUAAAUCCAUUGCGGCAGUUUGUCAGUUUUAUCCACGUGGAACUUGUAAUAAAGGUGCUUCUUGUCCCUUUAGACAUGUUCGAGGAGAUAGAACAAUUGUGUGUAAACAUUGGCUACGAGGACUUUGUAAAAAAGGAGAUCAAUGCGAAUUUUUGCACGAAUACGAUAUGACAAAAAUGCCCGAAUGUUAUUUUUACUCACGUUUUAAUGCAUGUCACAAUAAGGAAUGUCCCUUUUUACAUAUUGAUCCAGAAACAAAAGUUCGAGAUUGCCCCUGGUACGAUAGAGGAUUUUGUAGGCAUGGACCUCUUUGUAGGCAUCGUCAUGUUAGAAGAGUUCUUUGUAUGGCUUAUUUAGCCGGCUUCUGUUCAGAUGGAGGGACUUGCAAAUUUAUGCAUCCACGCUUUGAAUUACCAGCCAUUCAAGAUAUGCAACCUAAAGAAGGCAAAAAGGUGAUGAUCACAUGUCACUUUUGCGGUGAAACUGGACAUAAAGCGAUAUAUUGUAAUAAAAUGCCACCAGAUAUGCGAGAAUCACAAGUCAGACAACAAGAUAUGGAUAGUGGACUUUAUCCUCAGCAUCAUGGACCAAUGCAUGGUAAUAUGCCACCAUCUAGAGGUCCACAAAAACCACUUGAAGAAGUCACUUGUUACAAAUGUGGUACAAAGGGACAUUAUGCCAAUAAAUGUCCAAAGGGACAUUUAGCAUUUUUAAGUCACGCUGGAACUGCAAAUUCUGGAAUGAAUAGUGGAUCAGGAGAUAGGAGAUAGAAUUGUAAAUAGUUGUAUGAAAUUGUAAUUUACCAAUUUAUUUAUAAAUGUUGUCAUACGAUAAUCAUAAAAAAAAAUCAAUUUCCAAUUAUAUCAAGUCUAGGUUUUACUAGAAAAAUAAUGAUUUGUAAAAUAAACAUACAAAUUUCUUUUUUCAUUAGUUUUUUUUUCUCUAUUAAUUUUUUCAAUAAAUGUUUUACUUUAUUAUUAUAA